AUGACCGACGCCCAGCCAAAGAAGAAAUGGGGCAUCACGCACCCUUUGUCUGAGGCCAAGCCAGAACCAAAGGAUCUCAAAGCCAACGAGCAGCUGAUCGAGUACUUGAAGAGCAUCAACAACUUCGAGACCCCCGAGGGCAAUGACCGGCGGGAUCGUGUGCUCAAACACCUCCAAAAGGUGACGGAAGAAUUCGUCAAGCGCGUCGGCCGCAGCAAAAACUUGCCCAAAUCGACCAUUGACAAUCUUGGUGGGAAGGUCUUCACGUACGGCAGCUAUACCAUAGGUGUUCAUGGCCCCGACUCCGAUAUCGAUACCCUUGUCGUCGCACCCAAGAGUGUUGACGUGCACGAUUACUUCGUCCACUUUGGGCCAACGUUCAAAGAAAUGUCCGAUCCAAAGCUAAUUGACAGCUUUGUCGAGGUGCCGGAUGCCUUUGUACCCAUCAUCAAAUUGGAAUACGAUGGCGUUGACAUCGAUCUGAUCUUUGCAUCGCUGCCCUCGCAAUCGUCGAUUCCCAGAGACUUUGAGCUGCAUGACCAGAGCGUUUUGCGAGGCUUGGACGACCAGACUAUACGAAGUGUGAAUGGUGUCCGGACGGCGAAGGAGCUACUCGAGCUCGUUCCUCAGGCCCAGUCAUUCAGGCAUGCUCUUCGUGCGAUCAAAGUUUGGGCAAACAAACGUGCCGUGUACGGAUUUGUGUUCGGCUUUCCUGGCGGCAUAGCCUGGGCUCUCAUGGUAGCUCGCGUUUGUCAACUGUAUCCCUUCGCAUGCGGAUCCACUAUCAUUGCCAAGUUUUUUGCUCUCAUGCAACAAUGGAACUGGCCACGCCCUGUUAUGCUGAAAGACCUGGAAACGUCAAAUAUCCUAAAUCUUCAAAUUUGGAACCCUCUGCAGAACUAUUCGGACAAGCUGCAUUUGAUGCCCGUCAUCACUCCCGCCUAUCCUUCCAUGUGUGCCACUCACUCCGUAUCACACUCAACUCUUGCAAUCAUGAAGAAGGAGUUUGAACGCGCAAACGCGAUUGUGACGGCAAUUCCGAGCGGAACCAAGUCUUGGGCCGACUUGUUUCGACGACAUACAUUCUUUACACAGGAUCACAAAUAUUACCUCAGCGUCAUUGCUUCUUCAUCUGGCGACAAGGACAAAUUCGAUGCAUUCUCUGGAAAAGCACAAUCCAAGGUCCGGCUUCUGGCCAAGAACAUUGAGAAUGGUAACGCUGGUGGCAUCAAACAGUUGCGCGUCUACAUGAAGGGCGUCGAUCGAGUGCACCGCUGCGCUAGCGAUACAGAGAUUGAUGAAGUCAGGCAAGGCAGCACAAAGUAUCAGGUUCUUGCGGAAGAAGGAUCGAAGAGUGGCGACCAAAAGACAACUGUAUACACUUCAACGUGGUAUAUUGGCUUGGAAACCGUACCUGGAGAAUCCAAGCUGAAGCUCGAUAUUUCCUACCCCGUCUCAGAGUAUAAGCGUCACGUCGAAGAGGACGAAGAUGUCUUUGAUAGGGACUCUAUGGCAACGAAGGUUGUAUACACACGUUGCUACGAAUUGCCUGACGACUUGUUCGAGAAGGGUGAAACCAAGCCGGCGAAACCGGUCAAGCAUAAGAAAGACGACAAGAAGAAGACCAACGGCACUAAGAGCGCUAAGCGUCAAUUCGCCGAAACUGGUAUCGAAGUGCGUAAUGUGCGAAUUGCAAAGUGCCCCCAAUUGAUUGAAACGCCGUGA